AGUAACUCCCUGCGCAGGUGAGAAGGGUCGGCCAAGAUGGCGGCCGCCACCGCUGCUGGGGCUGCGGUGGGCAGCGGCUGGGGCUGCUGAAGGCGCCGCCAGUCGAGAGACAACACCGAGAAGCGGCGACAGGCGGAAACCGGCCGCCACGAUGCCCAAGUACUACGAGGAGAAAGAGAAGGAUUUCCGUGCGUGCGCAGGGGUGCGCGAGGACCUGAGGACUUGCCUGCUGGAGAGCGACUGUGUCAUCCAGGAAGGGAAAGGGCCCAAACUGUGCUUGAAGGAAGGCCAUUGCAAAGGAUUACUAGUUUCAUUUUUUGAAUGCAAAAGAUCAUUGCUGGAUAACAGAGCAAGAUUCAGAGGAAGAAAGGGAUACUGAAGAUUCUCCAUUACGAAGCAGCAAGCAGGGGCAAUCUUGGAUGCACUGACACCUUGAGAUUAAAGACUGGAAUGAAGAAAUUACCUUCUGCAUUUCCCUAAAAUCUGUUUCACUUCUAUGGAAAUUAUUUGUGUUCUAAGUACUGAAUGCCUGAAGCUGCUAAAUACUAGAACUACUACAGUGAAAAUAAAAUCUGGCCAUUUGUGGUGAUCACAUUUUAAA